CGAGUAGGACAGCAGCCGUAAAGCUCAUUUCUCUGCAUGUGGUUAUUGCCUGCAUCAGGAGCUGCUGAGCCUAGGAGCCCAGGUCUCAUUUCAGCAUGGAGAAAGGAGCUGAGCUCACGUGGCAGUUGGAGGUUUCGUCUGGCAAAGCAGGACAGGAAGAGCAAAGCCCUGGUGAUGGAGACAAGACAGAAGUUCCAGGAGAGCAUGCACACAGCAAGGACGAGCCACUCCAGUGGGAGACUCUAGGCAGGCAGUUUGUAGAGUAUGAGCAGAUGGCUCCAUUUCUCAUCCCAGAGGAGCAACAGAGAAGGCUGCUGGACUUUCUUCCCCUCUUCCUAAAGGCCUGGGAACAGUCCUCUGGAGCGAUCGUAUUCCCCAACAUCCAGCUGUUGGCCAGUGAGGUUUCCAAGCUUCUGACAAAAGAAAUUAAGAGGAACCUCAAUGGCAAACCUGCAGAGGAAGCUCGUCUUGCUUUGGAGCAAUUGCUGCAACAAAAAGGGGAAGCAGAAGAUGGCUGUUUGCUCCUGAAAUCCGUGUAUCUACUCUCACAGACUGACUUGAGAACUGUGUGCAGCAUCAUUGGAUCUGGCCUUCCCGCGGCUCUGAUGCAGUGUCUGUACCUUUUCUUUACUUUCCCUCUGAAGAAAACCAGUGAUGACAGAGAGACAAGUGAGGAUGACAUUCAAAGUCAGGAAAUGCUUGUUAAGAUAAUGCUUAACUUGUACAGAGAGAAACAAGGUGUAGAGGAACUUCUGGCAGCUGAUAAGCUUCAGUCAUUAAUUAUAGCAACUGCUUCCCUCUGGGACCAGUGUAGCCCCUCAUGGAAAGUACCAACAGGCCGUGUGCUGAGAACGAUUUCAAAGGCUCAGACCAAAAACAGCAUUGUGUACCUACAAGCUGUGGACUGCAUUAAAAUAGCUAUUCAGAAUCUCUUUAAGCUGGUUGAUACCAUACCUCCUUGUGAUGUCUGUGAAGCUGCUAGUAUCGUCUUGUGCUUUGUGAAAGAUUCCUAUCCCAUAUCAUCAGCUUUAUUAACAGAGUUUGAAAAUAAUGAUGGCUACCAACUCCUGCUAAAAAUUUUACUCGGAUGUGAGGGGUUACAGGAAAAUGAAGAAGACCCCUAUCUGGAUGAGGUCUUGGACAUGCUGACUUGCCUGACAACCUGUGGAAAAACUGAACUGAAAGUUUCUGGCAAUAUCGUACACCCGCAAUUACCACACUUUGAUUUUGAACAGACACGAUCUGGAAUGACAGUGAAAAACCUUCAGGCUUUUCAGGUGUUGCAGUCCAUUUUCCUGAAAAGCAAUGACCAGCACCUGUGUGGAAGAGUCUUGGAAGCCAUUGGUACCAUAUGGGCCUGGGACAGAGUGAACUUCUUCCUUCUGGAAUGGACACUACAACCUAUCAACCAGUUUACUGACAUAAUCCAUUUCAAACCACACCCGGUCCAAGUCCAGUUCUUCAGACUGGUGGAAUCCAUAGUGCUAGACCUGUCCUAUAUCCCCCAUGAAAUUUUGAAGAAGGUUCAGUAUUUGAUAAAGGAAAACGUAGUGCCAUUCUGCACCUUAACAGCUCUCCAGUGCCUUCUCAGCAUGACUGAGAAGGACCCAUUAUUCAGCGACAUAUUCCGUGACUCUGGGCUCUUAGGCCUACUGUUGGCACUUUUGAGGAAGCAAGCCAAGAUCCUGAGGAAGUCAGCUGGAACCCAUGUGCCUGGUCUGGAAGAAGACACUCAGAAAGAAUUAAAUGCUGUGAUGCUGAAGAUGGUGGCUGCCCUUACAGUGGGCUCUGUGAGGAACACGGUUGUUCUGAAGGACUAUGGAAUGGUGCCAUAUAUCAAGAUAUUUUUGGAUGAUGAGUGCUAUCGGAGUGCUACUCUCAGCAUCUUGGAGCAGCUAUCAGUCAUCAACUAUGAAGAAUACAUGAGCAUUGUUAUUGGGGCCCUCUGUUCUUCUACUCAAGGGGAACUACAGCUGAAACUCGAUCUGCUGAAGUCACUCCUGAGGGUACUGGAGAGUCCCAAGAGCCAUUCAGCUUUCAGAACCUGCAGUGGAUUCAAUGGGCUCCUGUCACUUCUCUCGGACAUGGAAGGUGCAUUGCAGGACCCUCCCUCUGGGCUGUGGGCAGCAGUUGGACAGAAUUGUGUACUGGAGCUCGUGUUCUUCACACUUCAGGGGAUAACAGCAGCCCUGCACCUGGACCCUGUCAACAGCAACUUCUUCCAGAGGAAUGGUCUCUUUGAAAAGAUGGCAGAGGAUCUCGGGUCACUUGGAUGCUUCUGGACACAAGGGGAAGGGCAAAUGUCUAUGAGCCUUGACAAGACAAGGACGUUUGGAGAAUUCUUGGAUGCAGCUUUGUGCUCUUCAGAACCUUUCCCAAUGUGGCUAAAGAACUGCAUAUGGAUUCUGAAUUUUCUUGAUCACAUGGUCAAAGGAACUCUCCAUCUAGAGAACUACUUCAAGGAGAGAAAGCCAGAGGUGGGAGAUACCUUGAGAACUGAUCAGGAGGGACCCCAAGCUCAAGAAGAACAUUCUGUUGCUUUGAAAAGACCAGGCAAUAAAUUUUCUGCCUCUUCCCAUAGGUUAUGGGGAAACCCUGAAGAGAAGUGGGAGAUGGGAGACUGUGCCAUUGUACAUCCCGGAGCUGUCUGUGUUAUGGUGAGGUUGCUGCCAAGGCUGUACAAAGAGGGACACUCUCAGCUCUCGCAGGAAAUCCAAUGUGCUGUGGUCGACCAUAUCCAGUCUCUGGUGAAGUCGGAGAAGAGCCGCCAGGUGAUGUGUGGGUCUGGUUUGCUGAGCACCAUCGUCACCUCCUGCCAGGACGCCUUCCGCAACCAGAGCCACCCGCUCCACCUGCCCCUCACCAGGGUGUUUGAGAAACUCGCCUCGCAGGCUAUCGAGCCGGAUGUGUUGAGGCAAUUUCUUUGGUUGGGAGGUUCUCCACCACUGCCUUCCAGGCCCAGCAAAAGCAAGACUGAUGCCCUUUCAUGUGAUUCAGCUAAUGCAGCUUGGAGUAAAGGUUCAGAAGAGGACACAGUGGACAGUAAAACUGAUCCUCAGACAGUUGUGCCUGUCAGCAGCUCUCCUUGGGUGUCUAAGGGAUCUACUCUGGCACUCCAGACUGCAAUGACUCUCAUCUCCAUGACGUCCCCUCGACACUUCCAGCUCCGCAGCGCUGCUCUGGCUCCAUCAUUUGUGGAGUUUGACAUGUCCAUGGAAGGAUAUGGGUGUUUAUACCUCCCUACCUUGGCCACUGUCCUGGGACCCAGUGCAGAGCAAUCUGUCUCAGGAGGAAUUGGCAUGGGCACCAGGAUGUUCCCUCCCUCAAGUGGCCUGUCGCUCUCCUGCUGGUUUCUUGUGAGCAGGUUUGGUUUGGUGCACAACAGUCACCCGCUCCGUUUCCUCACGGUCGUGAGGCACAUGUCAAGAACAGAGCAAGAAUUUGUUUGUUUUUCAGUGAGCUUCUUCCCACAGGACCGUUCUUUGGUCAUUUCCACAGAAGAGGUGGAAUUCCAGCCACUCGAUAUCAUGGAACCUGAGGGUGAGGUCCUGAAUCCCUCCCCAUUUCCAGGGCAAGUCCAGUUUGGCUGUGGCAACCUGGUGGUGACUGGCCAGUGGCAUCAUCUCACAGUGACAGUUGCUAAGGAAGCAAAGAAGAGCUGCAUUGUGUCAGCUUAUAUAAAUGCUCAGAUGCUGGGCUCUGCGAAGAUGCAGUAUCUCCAGCCCUUACCAGGCAGCUGCAUUUCCAUGGAACCCACUUCCUUUAUUGAUGUCUAUGGGUACAUAGCUACUCCUCGAAUCUGGAAACAGAAGUCCUCCUUGACCUGGCGCCUUGGCCCUAUGUACUUAUUUGAAGAAGCCAUCUCUGUGGAAACCACAGAGGUGAUUAAUAAGCUUGGGCCACAGUAUUGUAGCAAUUUCCAAGCAGUACAGCUUCAAGGUGAGGACAAGUACAGUGAUCAUAAUCCUACACCUCUGGUGGCAGAAGAGAAGAUUUCUUUUGGAAUCAAUGCCACGUGCUCAUCUCUCACUACGGUCCAAGAUAUAAAGAGCUCCUACAAUGAAGUAGAUGGCCGGCUGAUUGCCAAAGAGAUUGGGAUUAGCUCUCGGGACAGUUCAACUCCAAUAUUCCUAGCUAAGAAUAUUGCUGGACACCUCUCGGGUUCCUUGCGGACUAUUGGGUCAGUUGCUGUGGGCCAAUAUGGGGUGAGAGUGUUCCAGUCCUCUCCAGCAGCUACCAGCCUGAACUUCAUUGGAGGCCCUGCCAUUCUCCUGGGUCUCAUUGCUAUGGCCCGUGAUGACCACACCAUGUAUGCAGCUGUCAAAGUCCUCAACUCCAUCCUCAACAGUAGCCCAAUGAGUGAAAAAUUGAUGAGGCACAUGCAUGGAUACCAGCUGCUGACCUACCUAUUGAAGAGGAAGACACAGCUGUUAAACAACAGGAUUCUGCAGUUAAUGUUCUCCCUCGUGGGCACAGCAGAGCUUGGCUUUGAGUCUUCAGUCAUCAAGAAUUACAGUGCAUUCCAUUAUGUUCUCUGCAACUUUGAGCUUUGGAUGAAAGCACCAGAAAAUCUUGACCUUACACUUUUUUCACAUCUCGUGGAGAUCUUGCAGUCCUCCAGAGAUGGAUGUCAGAACGCUGCAGUUGCCCACCGGGCGCAAUUGGUGCCCAAGCUCAUUUUCCUCUUCAACGAUCCUGAAAUCAGUAACUCCAGGAUCACAGUGGCCUGUACUAUUCUCUCCCAUCUGUUGCAAGGACACUUUAACACAAGGGAUGUUCUCAGGAUUGGAUUGUUCCUUGUUUACACUUUGAAACCUUCUUCUGUGGAUGAAAAUCAGAUUUGCCUGGAGAGUGGGGCUGAGAUGCCCGGUGAAGCCUUAAGCCAAACAUCUGGAAAGACAAUCUGGCUUCGAAACCAGUUACUGAAGAUGCUGUUAGAUGUAAUGCGCUCAGACAAACUUCAUCUGUCCUCUGAGGAGCAAGAAGAGACGUUUUUGGCGCUAGGGCCAGACUGGUUUCUGCUGUUUACACAGAGCUACCUGCACUCCACCACGGUUGUGCUGGGAAUCAAGCUGCUCCUGUGCUUCCUCCACAACCGUUUGCUGCUGAACAAAUUCAAGGAGGGGAUAGUGGCUGGGCGCUGGCUGGGAAGCAGCUCUGGGGAGACGACUAUUCUAAUGGAUAAUUUAAAAGCUCAUCCUCCAGUACCUGACAAAGGCCCCUUCUUGGUUUUUGGGUUUUCUGUGUUGCAAAGAUGUCUGACUGAUCAUGUCCACAUCCCUGAGAUCUACUUGCUCGUGGCAGGGCUCUUUCUGGCAACUCCACAGCCUGAACCACCUGAAGUAGCCAAGAAAGAUCUUGAGUCUAUGUUGCAGUGGAUCUUGCAGCACCACCCUACAGAGAAUGUCCUCAAAACUGGGUUGUGUGCAGAGGCAGCUGUGUUACUGCUGGAAAUGGUUAGAGUCACUGUGGACAAGCCUAUUGCAGAUACGGAAGCCUCCUGGGAGAUUGCCUAUCCAGGGAACAUUAUCCAGUUUCUGGGCUUGAUCUAUCACAGUUACAGCCAGGACCCCGUGUGGCACUGUCCUGACUUCUUGAGAACUUUGGCUAUGGUGGCUUUCCAUUCUGGACCACCCAAGGGAGGCUCUGAAGGCCUUUUGACUCCUGAUGAUCCAGCCAUUGCUGAAGGGAAAGGCUGUGUGGAUCCCUCCUCUCUCCCGCUCCUCCCACACCCUGCCAAGAAACAAGUGUGGGAUUUUGUGCGAGUUCUCCUGAUGGACAGUCUUCUCAACAUCCCGGCAAACAAACAAGGGCAUCCGCUUGAGCUGCUUCUUGAGACUUCUGCAGAGGAUGCCACCAGUGAGCAGAAGAGACAUUUUCAGACGAAGGUUUUGCUGUCUGCUAUGGAUGUCUUCCUUGUUGCCAGCCAAGGCGAGGGGAAAACAAGACCAAGAGGGAGCAGUGAUCCUCAUGGCGCUUCAGAAUCAACUGCACCUGUGUCCAUGAUGAACGUUGCUUAUUUUGCUCAGAAGCUGGUUGAGAAGCUGAAUGGUAGAAUGUUUGCUGCUGACCCCAAGCAAAUCCUGAUUUUCACUGCCAAACAGAUUAUGGGGGUUUUAGAAAGCUCCGUUUCUCAAAAAGAAGUUUUUCUGACUACACUGUACAGCUGUCUAAACAGAGCCAUUCUAUUCUGCUUGUCCAGACCCCAGCAGUCGCUGACGGAACAGUUUAAUGUCCUGAACACUCUCAAUGUCCUGCAGGAGCAGUGGGACAUUAUUUUUGCAACUUACAACUCAAAUAAUCAUUUUGUCAUCUGCCUGAUGUACUGCCUUUGCCAACUGAAUUCGGGCAGCUAUCCGGAAGGUUUUGGGGUGGAUGCAAAACCAAAGUUGGCUUCACAUCACCAGAUUUUCCUUGCACCCAGUGAUGAGGAAAAGGGCAGCCUGCCCUCUCCAGAUGAUGUCCGUCAGGAGAUUCUGAGAACAGUAGAAAUCAUCUGGAAGCAGCUCAUUUCUCAGAGGCGACAGGCUCUGGAGGACACUUACAAGAUGGAUCUUUCUGUAAAAGGAAAUGACAAAGAAAGGGACAUGAAGAUAACAGAGAUCACUCCUUUAUGGGAAGAAAUUAUGACAAAAGCUUGGCAACACUUGAUAGCAUCCGAAAAGAAGAUUCUCCACAAUAAAUCUGCCGGGCCCAGUCUGUCACAGAGCAAGCACAAUUCCUGGAGUGAAAGCCUCUCUUCAGCUAUUAGGUUAAUGCCUGGCCGAAACACAAAGGAAGCAACGUACAAAUCUGAGGGAUUUGUGUCAUGUAUGGAACGGUACCGAAGAAUCGGGCAGGAGCUGUAUGCCUCUUUGUACAAGAACCACAUACAGAUGCUGCAGUGUGAUUACAGUAAAGCAGCCAAGGACUGGAUGAUACUUGAGGAGCAACUUUUCUGCAGAAGGGGCCCGUGGGGACACGCAUCACGAUCCUUAGAGCCACGGUGGAUCCUUGAUUGUUAUGAAGGGCCUUCACGAAUGAGGAGGAGGAUUCAGCACGUGAACCCCCGAGUGACGAUGAUGCGGAUGAAGAGUGAGGGUCUCCUAGCAAACAGAAAUGCAACAAGCCCCACUGCUGAAGUGAAUCCAGGGGAGCUGACGUUAAAUGGAGCAGAAAGGGAGAUGGAUAAGAAGGGAUCAGACUGUAACCAGCUAACGUUCUUCCCUGCUCUGCAUGAAAGUUUCCAUUCAGAAGACUUCUUUGAACUGUGCGUGGAGAGACAAAUCAUAUUGCAGGAGUUUGCGGAAAGUGAAAAGGUGACGUUCAAGUGCUCUGUGGCAGUGGUGCAGGGACACACAGCACUGGAAGGAGUGCUGCUCUUUGGCAAAGAGCACUUCUACAUCUGUGAGUACUUUGUGUUAUCCCCACUAGAAGAAGUCUACUGUACACGUCACUGCUUGUCCAGCAUCAGUGAUCCAUUUAUUUUCAACCUAUGCCAUAAAGAUCACGCUGUGGGAGAUCAGUUGUGUUCCCGUUAUUCGUAUCAUGAUAUAAAAGAGAUUCAUCUGAUGCGCUUUCUCCUGCAGGAGAUCGCCUUGGAAAUAUUCUUCAAAAAUGGUUACUCCAGAUUUCUUGUCUUCCAUGACAGCGACCGAAAUAAGAUAUUUAAGAGAUUUUGCUCUUUCCAACCUGCUUUGAAGUCGAAGGGAAUAACAGAAGAGUCCCUGAAUAUAAGGAAGCACCCAGGAGGGGAGAAGACAAUGCUCCAGAAGUGGCAGAAGAGGGAGAUCAGCAACUUUGAUUACCUCAUGUACCUCAACACGUUGGCCGGCCGUAGCUACAACGAUUACAUGCAGUAUCCUGUCUUCCCCUGGGUCCUCGCUGACUAUCACUCCGAGACUCUAAACCUUUCUAAUCCCCAUACGUUUCGGGACCUGUCAAAGCCCAUGGGAGCCCAAACCGUGGAGAGGAAACGGAAGUUCAUCCAGCGCUACAGUGAGGUGGAGAAGAGCGAGGGAGACCUCUCAGCCCAGUGCCAUUACUGUACUCACUAUUCCUCAGCAAUUAUAGUGGCAUCUUACCUGGUCCGAAUGGAGCCAUUCACCCAGACCUUCUGCUCUCUGCAGGGUGGGAGUUUUGAUGUUGCAGACAGGAUGUUCCACAGCGUCAAGAGCACGUGGGAAUCGGCCUCAAGGGACAACAUGAGUGACGUCAGGGAACUCAUCCCUGAAUUCUUCUACUUGCCCGAAUUCCUAACCAAUGCCAAUCACUUCGAACUGGGCUGCAUGCAGGACGGGACGGUGCUGGGAGACGUGCAGCUUCCUCCUUGGGCAGACGGGGACCCCCAUAAAUUCAUUCUCCUGCACAGACAGGCACUGGAGAGUGACUAUGUCAGUGCACACCUCCAUCACUGGAUAGAUCUGAUUUUUGGCCACAAGCAACACGGCUCAGCUGCGGUGGAGGCAGUUAACACCUAUCACCCUUACUUUUACGGAGACAAGAUGGACCUCAAUAACAUUAAAGAUCCUCUUAUUAAGAGCACCAUCCUGGGUUUUAUCAGCAACUUUGGGCAGAUACCAAAGCAGCUCUUCACGAAACCGCAUCCAUCCAGGAAUGCCCAAGGGAAAAGCUCAUCAGGAAGAGAUACUGUGUUGUCCCUUCACUCAAGUGGAAUUCUUCCUCCUUUUCUGAGUAGCCUGCAAAAUUUGAAGCUCUCACCAGUUACAAUAAAAGACUAUCCCAAGGGAGCUGUUGGGCACAUUGUUCAUACUGAGAAAGGCAUUCUGGCUGUUGAAAAGAAUAAAGUUUUGAUUCCUCCUCUUUGGAACAAAACAUUCUGCUGGGGAUUUGACGACUUCACCUGCUGCUUUGGCAACUAUGGGUCUGAGAAGAACAUGACGACGUUUGAGAGCAUGGCAGACUGGGGGAAGUGCCUCUGUGCCGUGUGUCCUUCAGCAACUACCGUGAUCACAUCUGGAACAAGCUCAGUUGUGUGUGUCUGGGAACUUUCCUUGGUCAAGGACAAAGUGAAAAGUCUCAACUUGAGGCAGGCUCUGUAUGGGCACACGCAGGCAGUGACCUGCCUUGCUGCCUCCGUGACCUACGGCAUCUUUGUGAGUGGAUCCGAUGACAGAACCUGCAUCAUUUGGGACCUGAACCAGCUGACGUACAUAAACCAGCUUCCUGCCCACGGGGAAAGCCUCUCUUCUCUGGCCAUCAACAAUUCGACAGGUGAUAUUAUCUCCUGUGCUGGGUGUCACCUGUAUCUGUGGACGGUCAAUGGGCAGCUUCUGGCCAGUGUUAACACCAGCUGCAGCCCCCAAGGCCGUAUCGUUUGCUGCUGCUUUGCUGAAGUGAUGGACUGGGACACGCGCAGCGUCAUCGUCACGGGAAGCACGGACGGAGUGGUGAGGCUCUGGAAGACCGAAUACACCAGUACCCCAGGGCAAGCUGCUGGACUGGGACUUCAGAGAGGCACGAUGGAAGAGCCUGGCAACAUGGGUAACAAGUGUGGAAAACAUCUUGUUCUCUGUCGGGAACUGAAUCCCAGCCUUGCCUUGACUGGAAAACCAAGUAAGACCAGCCCAGCAGUGACAGCGCUGGCUGUAUCCAGGAAUUCCUCCAAGCUCCUUGUUGGUGAUGACUGGGGAAGAGUCUGCUGCUGGUCUGUGGAUGGGUAGGAAGAAAUAGCCAAGAACUCGUGGUUUUUUUGGCAUUUUGGAUAGAGAGAAAAUCACUCUUUGGAGCAUGAAAGAACUGAAGAAACUGGAAGCCUCUGGUUGGGGACUGAAUCGCAAAGAAGUUGUUGGACUGACCCUGCAGUCAAGUCUGAUUGAAAUUAGAGAGUGGACUCAAAAGCCGUGAGAGAGACACUGACAGACGUGCACGCAGACAGUGCCAUUUUGUAGUAUUUUUUCUGGGAAAACUUUUCUAUUUUAAAUGUUAUUUUAGAUACUGAAUUUGACAUAAUACAUUGAAUUUCACAAAUAAUAGCUAGCAAAUAAAACUGCUUUGAUUAUGCCAAAGAGCAAUGCAGCUUAAUAAAAUCACCGUACUCUAAUUUUAGUACCAUGAGA